ACCCGCUCAUCCACUUCGACAUCACAUCCCCCCGCCUCUUCCCCACCUCACCUCCGCGCCACGCAAUGGCAGCCAACCACGGCGGCAUCAAGGUCUUCUCUGGGACCAGCCAUCCAGAGCUGGCAGCCGGAGUGGCCAAGCGCCUCGGCAUCCCCCUAGGAAAAGCCACCGUCACACGCAACGAAUCCGCCGAAUCCCUCAUCCGCAUCAGCGAAUCCGUUCGCGAACACGACGUCUACAUCAUCAACACAUCUUGCUGUUCCCCCACCCCGACGGGAUCCUCGGCUUCACCCAAUACGUCCCUCAUGGAACUCCUCAUCAUGAUCCACGCAUGCAAGACGGCGAGUGCGCGAAGGAUUACGGCCGUCAUCCCUCACUUCUUCUAUGCGCGACAGGACAAGAAGGAUAAGAGUCGUGCGCCAAUUACUGCCAAGCUCGUAGCGAAUAUGAUCGAGAAUGCAGGGUGUGAUCAUGUGAUUACGAUGGACUUGCACGCAUCGCAGAUCCAGGGAUUCUUCAACGUGCCCGUCGACAAUCUAUACGCAGAACCCGCCGCCCUGCAAUACAUUCGCGAGAUGGUCGACAUCUCCAAAGCGGUCAUCGUCUCCCCCGAUGCAGGCGGUGCGAAACGCGCCACCUCCCUCGCGGACCGCUUGAACGUCGACUUUGCCCUCUUCCACAAGGAGCGCAAAAAGGCCAACGAGGUCUCCCGCAUGGUCCUCGUCGGCUCCGUCCAGGAUAAAGUCGCCAUCCUCGUAGACGACAUGGCCGAUACGUGCGGUACUCUCGCUCUUGCCGCGCAACGACUCGCCGAGAGUGGGGCAGAGCGCGUCCUUGCCAUCGUGACGCAUGGCGUGCUGAGCGGUCCAGCGUUGGAGCGCAUCAUGGAGAGUCGCCUCGAGAAGUUGAUCGUCACAAACACGAUCCCGCAAGAGGGCAACGCGAGACAAUGCCCCAAGAUAGAGAUCAUCGACGUCAGUCAUGUCCUCGCAGAGACGAUUCGACGCAGUCAUUACGGAGAGAGCGUGAGCGUUCUCUUCAACCAGAUUCCGUACGAUACGACUCAGCCCUAUAGGCAUGGGACGGAUACGCCUGCUGGGGAGGAGGUGCCAGGCGUGGGAGGUUCGACGCAGAGCCCGCGCAGGCAGUUGCAUGCCAAUCAUUUGGCCUCCUCGCUCGCUCAGGUGGCGGCCGCACCCGGUUCCGCUUCUUCAUCGUCGGCGUUCCCCCCUAGCAGCUACAACGACCCAGACCCGCCGGCGGCGGCGCACUACUUUGCUGCGGAUAGGGAUCGACAAGCGCGAGCAUCGGCGGCGGCGGCAGCAGCGGGGGCGGAGGAGCAGACACCGAGGUUGAGGCAUGCAGACGCCGUUGGGCUGGGAAGAGGGGAAGAGAAGGGGGGCAGCGCGGCAUUGAGGGGGUUGAUGAGCCCGAUGGGUGGUGGAGGGUUGCCCCCGCCGAGGGGGUGAGGCGAGACGUCUCUGUUGUACCGCGUUGCGCCGUGUCGUAGAAAGGUCACCUCCGUCCUCGAGUCCUCGUGCGAGUGUUGGUACGCUUCGUCGCCCUCCCCUCCUCUUGCUCGCCACGCUCGUCGCCUCCUCUCUUCUUGCCCAUAUCGACCGGCGGCUCCAGCUCCAACUUCGUGCUCGUCUUCUUCUCCUUGGUCCGCGCGAUCUCCUGUCCUU